AUGUACAUAAAGGAGGUUAACAUCACAGGGUUUCGAAGCUACAGGGAUACUUCAGUUAACGAUUUUUCGCCCCGACACAAUGUUAUUGUAGGGCGUAACGGCAGUGGAAAAAGCAAUUUCUUUUUUGCAAUUCAAUUUGUUUUGUCAGAUGAGUUUGCUCAUCUUAAAACCGAGCAUCGAGAGGGCCUUAUACAUGAAGGAACAGGUGAGCGUGUCAGCACUGCACGAGUGGAAAUUGUUUUUGAUAAUUCCGAUCGUCGCAUCGUUGCUGUUGAGUCUAACGAAGUAAGAGUGAUGCGACAAGUCAGUUUCAAGAAGGAUCAGUAUUUUAUCGACUCCAAGAUGGUCACAAGGAGUGAUGUUGUCAAUUUGAUGGAGUCUGCUGGGUUUUCUCGAUCGAAUCCUUAUCAUAUAGUUAAACAGGGAAAAAUUAAUGAAUUAGCCACAUCUCCUGAUUCGCAUCGUUUGAAGUUAUUAAGAGAGGUCGCUGGGACACGAGUUUACGAUGAGCGCAAGGAGGAAAGUUUGAAAAUACUGCGGGAAACGAAUUCUAAAAGCGAGAAGAUUGAAAACUUACUGGCAUACAUAGAGGAACGCCUUCAAACACUCGAAGGAGAGAAAGAAGAGUUAAAAGAAUAUCAGAAGUCUAUUGAGUAUACGAUAUAUGAUAACGAAGUGAAAGAGGCUAGGAAAAAGUUGGAUAAAUUGGCUGAACAGAGAGAAGAGUUGAGCACACGACAGAGCAAGGUUGCAAGUGAACUUUUAUCCGCCCAGGAUCGGUCUAUGAAUGUUGCUGCUGAGCAACGAAAAUUGGAAGCUCGGUUUAAAGGGUUGAGAGAUGAAAAGGAGGCCUUAUUAGCGGAACAGACGGAACGUGUGGAGAAAAAGACGGAGCUUGAAUUGCGUAUUCGUGAUUUGAGAGAAGAUGUAGAAAAAGAGCGUUCAGGCAGGGAUAAAGCUGAAGAAGUUUUAACAAAGCUAAAAGCCGAUAUAGCUGCGAGACAGGAGGAAUUAAAUGGGAUUACACCAAAAUAUGCUACUGUUGGGGAAGAGAUGGCAAAGCUCAACACAGAUAUACGUAUUAUGGAACAGCGUUAUAAAGAUCUUUGCGCUAAACAAGGUUUUCGGGACCAUUAUAAGACAGUAGAGGAGCGUGAUAAGGCGUUAACUAAGGAAAUUCGCUUUUAUGACAGGCAGCUCAAUGACACGAAGGCUCAGAUUGAAAGUAUUGAAAACAGUUUGCAAGAAGAAGAACAAGAGGAGCAAGAGUUAAAUACUAAAAUCAGGAAACUAGAUUGGCAAGCCGAAGAGUGCGUCGAUCAGCUGUCAAAGUUGAAUCAAGAAAUUACGGAUUUGCGCCAACGUCUUGAUCACGCUACAGUACAACAAGUUGAGGCUGCUCGAGAAGAAAGAAGCGUAAGGGAAGAACUUGAAAACAUUGACAUAGAAAUCUCGCAGGCAGAGCAAGAAAUGAGGAGGCUCAGUGCGAGGAGUAUAAUGAAUGGUGUCGAUAGUGUUAGGAAAGUGCUCCAGAAUUUCAGAAACAUGAACGUAGAUGGACAGUAUGAUUGGAUUUUAAAUGGGUAUCAUGGCAUUCUUAUGGAGCUUUUUUGCUGCGAAAAUAUUUACCAUCAGGCGGUUGAGGUGACGGCAGGAAAUCGACUUUUUUACCAUGUGGUAGAUGAUGAUCGUGUGAAUCAACAGAAACUGUUGGGCGAAGUAAAUUUUUUUCCACUGAAUCGUAUAAUAGCGAAACCAAAAAAGACGACAAAUAAUCCUGAGGCUAGGCCUUUGCUAGACAGCCUAGAGUUUGACAGCCGAUACGAAAUUGUUUUUCGUCAUGUUUUUGGGGGUACUGCAAUUGUAAGGAAUAUGCUUGCUGGCAAUACCCUUGCUAGAACUGAAGGAUUUGAUUGUGUUACUUUUGAAGGGGACCAAAUUAAUCGACGUGGGCCGAUGACAGGAGGUUAUCUAGAUCCUAAGCGCUGCCGUUUAGAACUCUUUGCGACUAUACGGAAUUUGAUGGGGCAGAAGAGUGAUAUACAAGUAAAUUUAGAAGCAGCAGUACAAAGGAAUAAUGAAAGAACAGCCACAGUGGAAAAAUUGAGGAUGAAAGGUGAAGACUUGGAGAGAGAAGUUUUGUCUAAAAAAAAUGACCAUAAGCUAGCUACAGAGAGGAAAAGAGCACUGUCGCAACAGCUGCAGCAAAGCCAAAGAAACCGAGAACCAAAGGCUAACGCCUACUUUUUACAAAAAGGUGCAAUCUUUGCGAUUCUGUGCAUCUUUCAGAUGGAACAGACAGUACUGUUGAAGAAUCGAAUAAGAGAAAUAAAUGCAAAUAUGGAAGGUUUGCAAAAACAGCUUGGCACACCAUUACUAUCUCAGCUGUCAACUGAAGAGCAGAAUAUGCUUAAUUCGUUACAGACAGAUAUAAGAGACAAGAAAGCUCGUUACGACAAUCUGUUUAAAGAGCGAGCGCGACUAGAAUCUGUAAAGCUACGUUUGGAAAACCAAUUGAAUACGAAUUUGCUAAGGAAGAGGGAAAGCUUGCAAGCGGUUAGCGGAACCUUUGUAGUUAUGAACUCAAAUUGUGAGAAAAUACAAGACAUAUCAGUCGACGAGAAGCAGCUUGAAGAAUCUCUAACUGAAUACGAACAAAGUCAGGAGAAGUUGACAAGAGAGCUGGAAGAUUGUCAGGAACAACAAAAAGAUUUAGAAGCUCAAGUGGCUGAAUUUUCGAAACAGGCGGAUGUAAUAUGUACGAAACAGUCAGUGAUGCAAGCGAAACGUGAGGAUAGUAUGAAGAAGAUUCGAGAAUUAGGUUCGCUACCGAUGGAUGCAAAGAAUUACGAAAGUUACUCGCUAAAACAACUGGAUAAAAAAUUGAAUGAAGCUCUUGAGCAGUUGAAGAAAUACGAAAAUGUUAACAAGCGGGCUUUGGACCAGUACGUUCAAGCAAGUAGUCAAAAAGAAGAGUUAACCCGAAGGAUGGAAGAGCAUAAAGCCAAUCAAAAGGCUAUAAACGAGUUAGUCAGCGUACUUGAUCAUCGUAAAUACGAAGCAAUUCAACUGACUUUCAAGCAGGUGUCGAAGAACUUUAAGACAGUAUUUCAAAAACUUGUACCAAGUGGAAACGGUUCCCUUAUCAUGCGAACAGGAGGAGUUGUUAGUUAUCUAGAUCUCUCACUUAGUGAUGAUUCUCAGUCGCAGCCUUCUGGUGAUAGCGAAGUCCCCAUAGUUGAAACGUUUACUGGCAUUGGAAUUGAGGUUUCGUUUACGGGGAAUUCUGAAACACAACAGUUACAGCAGCUUUCUGGCGGCCAAAAAAGUUUGGUAGCUUUGGCUCUGAUUUUUGCUAUCCAAAAGUGUGAUCCGGCUCCAUUUUACCUUUUUGAUGAAAUUGAUGCAGCUUUGGAUGCUCAGCACCGGAAAGCAGUUGCAGAUAUGAUUCACGAGUUGUCUGAAAACGCCCAGUUCAUUACUACCACAUUUAGAGCAGAGUUGCUAGGUACUGCCGAAAAAUAUUUUGGUGUUCGUUUUAGGAACAAGGUUUCGCACAUCGAUACAGUCACCAAAGAGCAAGCUUAUGAUUUCGUCGAGGAUGACCAAACUCACAAUUAA